UGCACCAACCAACCAACCAUUGGCGCUCAUGGCGGCGUUUGUGUAUCGUCGGGUCGCCAGACUCAGGUUUCUCGCCAGUCAAGUGAAUUUAUCCCUAAAUAUAUUAUCAUGCGCUCACACGCAAAAUGUCUUUCGAAGACACUACAUGAAUAUGAGAGAAGUGAAAAGAUUUUACAAGAAUGCCACCAUAGCAACAGCAGAUGGGUGGUAUGAAGUGAACCUGGACAAGCGUAAACUACGGACUCCUACAGGAAACCUGUUCCAUGUCCCAAAUGAGGCCCUAGCUCUUGCUGUUUCAACUGAGUGGAACUCCCAGGGGACACUGGUCAAGAGGCAUUCUAUGCAUUUGACAACACUAUGUAACAUUGCUAUUGACAACCCCCUGAAGAAAACACGCCAAGAGUUGAUUGAGUCAAUCGUUCGUGUCUUGGAAACUGAUACCCUUUGCUACAGAAUGGAAGAACCUACAGAGCUACGGCACUUACAGCUGCAGAUGUGGGAACCAGUACUGGAAUGGGCACGUAGCAGGUAUGGUAUACAGAUUGAGUCCACAUACAACAUUUCACCUCCAGCUGUAUCCAGACAAUCUACUACUAUAAUUGGCCAACACCUCAACACCUACAGUGACUGGGCAUUGUUUGGAUACCAGUAUGCUGUAGAGGCUUUGAAAUCUGUGCUACUGGUGCUAGGAGUGAUGGACAGACAUCUGACAGUAGAGCAGGUUGUGGAGCUGGCAACUUUAGAACAGAUCUUCCAGUGUACUAGAUGGGGCAGUGUGGAAUGGUACCAUGACAUUGACCGAUAUGAACUCCAGAGUCGAGUUGCUGCAGCUGUCCUCUUUGUGCACUGGUGCAGCGAAAGUACAACGAUUUGGCAAAAAGCUUCGUUACAGUCGAUAUAGUUUUUUUGUUAUUACUAUGUGUACAUCUGCUGUAUUAAACUCAUAAAAAUUUA